AUGAAGACUGAUAUUGUAACCAAAGAUCCUAUAGUGCCUUUGAUAAAUCUUAGUUUUUAUUUACAACCUUCUGCUGGAGUAAUAUCCGUACUAGUAGUGAUAAGUGAAUAUCGAGUAUCGGACAGAAUAAUAGAGAAUAAGAAAACGGACAGUGGUGACCCCGAGGAGAAGUCUACUCGUAGCGGAGGAAAUGUAGAACAAAUAAAACUUGACGAAAAUCAGAGUAAUUACAAUCCGCAUGCUGAUGAUCGAAGUCAAACAGUUAAUACAAAUAUAACAGCAGUAUUAACAAUUUGUCGGCAAAAACACCCCACUAAGCUAUUUGAAACAGAAAAAGCGGCAGACGAGCAGACGGAUCACCUGAUGGUAAGUGAUUACCGUCGCCCAUGGACACCUUCAACACCAGAGAGGCUACAAGCGCGCUGCCGGCCUUGGAGGGAAGGGUUGAGGGGUAGAAGGAAGGGAGUAGGGAGGGGUUGGGCCUCCGGUACCCUCACUCACACGACGAAACACAACGCAAGCUUUGCUUCACGUCGGUUUUCUGUGAGGCUAAUGCAUGACAUAGAUGCUAUGUGUCUAGGUUUGCAAAAUACAAAACAUUCAGAAUCCUCAUCACCAGUACCAACACUGUCACCACAGCAACAUGCCAUUCAAUUUAUUGUUUCACGCAAAUCAUCUUACAGUCAAUAUAAACCGAGACCUGGAACUUCGUCAUCCUCAUAUUGCGAGCCGAUCAUUCAAUACUCACCAGUAUCAACAUCGACACUACAGCCACAACAUACCAGUCAAUUUAUGCUAUCACACAAAUCAUCUCACAAUCAAUAUGCACCGAGACCUGGAAACUCGUCAUCCUCACAUUCCGAGCCGAUCAUUUAUUACUCACCAGUACCAAAUUCAAAUGUCAUGGAACCAAGACAACGUGCCAGUAGAGAGCAGUUCUCAAUCAUGAUCGAGUUCAUGGAAAGGCACGGCGAUAUCUUGAGGCCCCAUCCCGGUGUUCAAGGACGAUUAAAAAGUGACCAAAUGUGGAAGGAGGUGACCGUUUUAUUAAAUUCCGUGGGUGGUGGCGUGCAGAAAUCUGCCGAUAAAUGGAAAAAGCGACUUUACGAGUUCCUUCCCCACCAGACGCACUACGAGGAAUUUCACCUCCACCUCCAGUUCCGACAUCAUCAUCUCCGCGAAGAAUUCCGUCUCCACCAAGAAGUCCUCCAGUACAAACCCAACACCUCUCCCGGACUACUUCGACGCCUCGAUCGACUACCACUACUACUCCGCGCCGAUCAUUACCAAGGGCGCGAAGGAAUAGGGGAUUACUCCCUUCGAUCGCGCGGCAAGCGAAUUUGUAGCUAUAGAGAAGCGGCGGAUGGAGAAUGA